GACUGCACCUUUGAGAAAGGAGACACCAUCAAUAUCUUUGAAAUACAAGACCACAACUGGUGGGUUGGUGAGAAUGCACGGACGGGCCGGAAGGGACAGUUCCCUUGCAACUAUGUGACGAUAACAAAAGGCAUGACCGGUAUGGGCGUUCUGGCUCGGUUUCGCACUGUACAUGAUUUCACAGCUCAGGAAAAAGGCGACCUGGGCCUCCUUGCGGGCCAGACGGUCCUCGUCACUGAACUGACAAACGACGACUGGUGGAAGGGGAGGCUCGCUGACUCCAACGGCCCCGAGGGGAUGUUUCCCCGGAGCUAUGGUGUAGUCAUGCAAUCAUCCCCCACGGAACCUGGACAGCAGUUCCGGAAGAGCCCCAAGGGUGAAUUCGAGGGGUACAGCCAAGUUGACUAUCAUGGCGAUCUUCAUCUGGGCUUGUCAUUCAAGAUCGGGGACAGGCUGCUUUUAUAUGUCCAGCUCAGCACUUUGCUUUCAUGGGGCGUGAACCUGGAGUCGAAUUUUCAGGGAGUCUUCCCCCAUACAUAUGUUCAGCCCUAUGGAAAACCUGACAGCGCAGGCAUCAUCCAGGCUCAGGCCACAGCCGGCUACGACGGCACCGUCGGUGCAAACUUGGCUUUCGUGAGGGGUGAUAUAAUUAUGAUCAAAUAUAUGUUGGAUUACGAAGUCGCAUGGGCAAGAAACAGCAGGACAGGUUUCGAGGGUCUUUGUCCGGAGGCUCUCAUCGGGCCCGCCGUCCCGGCAGACAAGAAUGCCUCGAAAUCUCCCAAAAUUCCAUUGUAUUCACCGAACAAUGUGACUGCAUUAUACACCUGGCUUGGAGAGUCAGAAGAGGAUAUGAAAAUUCUCAAAAAUGACCAGAUCUUGGUCAUUGAAAAUUUGGGUGAUGAUUGGUGCAAGGGCGUUAAUUGGCGCACUGGCUUGACAGGCGUAUUUCCCAGAACGUACGUUCGCUUCCAAGAGAUCGCAAACUCUCAAGGUGGGCAAAAAUCCCCGGGGAAUGUCGACAUGUUGGCUGCCUCUCAACCUCAACCGGCCGCUGCGAUUUCUCCGACGCAACAUACUCAGAUACCACCUUCUCUCCCACUUGUCAAACCUGUAUCCCGAAGCGGGCCUGUGAGGCAACCUGAACCGAUGCCGGCAGCUGCAACUCCUCCGACGGAGAGCACUCAAAUCCCGGUUUUGAAACCACCUACCAGACCUGUGUUGGGGAGCAGAUUGGACACUGACUUGGUCCGUGACUCGAAGCUCGAUACGUCGUUCACUGCCGAAGACGUGGUCUGCCAUACCUCCUAUACAUUCCACCCUAGAAACCGUCAUAACCGUAUCAUCGUGGAAGAGAAAUGGAAAGUGGAAAGAUAUCUCGGACGCGGUGGCUUUGGUCAAGUUGAUCUACAGAAGUGUGUGCAAGGACAGAAGGAGGGUGAACUCCGCGCCGUGAAGAAGAUCAUCAAGAACCCUUAUGAUGAUGAAACCAAGAGAAUAAAUUAUGACCGGGAGCUUGAGGCGAUUGCCAAGUUUUCUCAUGAGAAGGCAAGUGAGAAUCAAUCCAUAUUCUGGUAUAGACAGGCUGACCGGUUAUUUUCUUUACAGUACGUCCACUGUUUUGCACGCUCGUCUGGUUGGUACGAGAAUGAAAGUGCCAUCUUCAUUACCAUGGAGUAUUUUGAAAACGGAGAUUUGCAAAAACACAUGCGAGGCCGCUUCCCAGAGUUUGAGGUUGGACAAAUCACCUCACAAAUCUUGGAGGGUCUUAGUUAUAUGCAUGAUAACGGAUUUGCUCAUAGGGAUUUGAAGCCUGCUAAUAUCCUGGUCAAAGAACGUUCGCCGAAUUGGUGGGUCAAAAUCAGCGAUUUUGGAAUCUCCAAGCGUGCCAGCGGUGACCACACGGCGCUGCACACCCUUGUUGGGACACCGCGAUACCUUGCUCCGGAGGUGAUGAGAAUCUUCUCCCCAGAGGAUACUGAAGAUCUGGACAGCGACACCAUGGCUUAUACCGUGGCAAUUGACCAGUGGGCGCUAGGGGCCAUCGCCUUUCAACUCCUGGCCAGCAGAGAUCCGUUCCCGCAACCGCGCUCUCUUCAAACCUAUGUACAUGGCAAGGAGCCCUUCCCCUCUAGUGUUUUGACAGCUUUGCGAAUAAAAGAGCCAUGUAUCGAGUUCCUGAAGGCCCUUCUUGCACCGAUUCCUUCCCGCAGACCAAAUGCAAGCUCAGCUUUGAAACAUCCAUGGCUGGAAGAGAUCAGCCAAUCCCCCCAGCUUGUGGACGAAAGUGUUACAUUAAUAGAAGAAGAAUUUUCUCAUAUUAAUUUUGAUACGGGAACUGCAAGUAUAUCGUGGACUGAGGCGCUUCAAAAACCUUGA